AUGGCGAACGAAAAACAGGAGCAGCAGCAGCAAGAGGCACUGCCUCUUCUCGAGGGCGCAGAUGCAAAUGCAUGUGUCGUCGAGCUACCGGUUGAUGGCGGGCGCUGCCUUUUGUGCACCGUCCGAAGGCACCCUGAGAGCUCAGGUUCUGACAGGGAGGUGGCACAGGUUCUCUUUUCCUUUAAGGAGCCUUUUUUUGGACCACACGAGGCAUCUAAGAAGCUCUUACUGCACUGGGGUGUAGCCAGGAACCCAGGGGAGUGGCUACCGCCCGAAGGCGAGUUCAGGGAACAGCUGCGGAGUAAUGGCUCGCCGGUACAGUUUGGCGAGACGGCGACCGAUAUCCCCUUUCCGUCUCCCAACUCCUCUCCGCCGCCGGUUCUGGACUUGAGUUUCCCUGUAGAUGCAGCCCCCGAGUACUUGGUUUUUGUACUUCACUCCCCUCCCCAUGAGUGGUUCAAGCAGACGACUCCGGGCCGGCCGUCUACGAACUUCAUGCUUCAUCUGAAACAGGCACUUAAGCAGAUGGUGUCUAGAACUGCCUUCCUAAAGGCCAUUGAUGCAUACAAGAAGUCACAGCCACUUCAGCACAUCAAGCCGUCCACCGCACACUACUGGCGAAUUCCAGUCAACGACGGCGACAUGCAGCUUCUGGCAUUGACAUUCGUUAGCAAGGAUGCCUGCGGCUUGGAAAUCUUCUGCAACUGGCCGGCUGCUCUUUUGCUGCACUGGGGAACAGCAGAGACUCAAACAAGUCCAUGGAAACGCAUGGAACUGAACAAGAUGCUCAUGCACGUUGACAGUAAUCGGCAGCAAGAAGAUGAGCGGCAGCACGGACUGAAAGCUGAAGCCACGAAAAUUGCGGAUGGGACAGACCGAAGCCGACCUGGGAAGGAAAGAAACUUGGAUGAACAGCAGUACUCCAAGGACUCUCCAGAAGAGCAGUGCCACCUUGAGACGCUCUACGGAACUUUUGCGCACUAUCCAAUCGACAACAAAGCGGCACAAACCCUGUUUGAGUUCUGCGAGACAUCUAGGAGCGUGGGUUUCCAGCACGUUGCUCUAUGUUUCAGAGGAGAUGCCGUGCCGUGCGGAGUGUCGUUUGUGUUGAAAGAGGUAAUGGCUGACAGGUGGUUCGCCGACCGCACAGGAGACUUUUUCGUAAAGCUCCCUACGCAUCGUUAUUGGGAAACCCUAAGGGAAAAAUACAGAAAGAUUGCAGAGUUGAGAGCUGCGGAGGAGGAGAAAGAGAGAGAAGAAAGAAAGAAGAAGUGGAAUGAUGCUCAACAAGCAUUCAACAAGUUCGCGCAGGAACAUUUCAGGGACGCGACAACUGCUCUGUCGUUGCGUCGCGUGCCUCUCUCGGAGGGAAUUGGGGAGCUUUUGGUCAAGACUGAGGCAGACCCUUCAAAGCACAGCGUUCUGAUUUCCCUCACAGCUUGUCUGCAAACACCUUGUGUACUGAGGUGGGGCAUGGUUGACAUCAUGGGAAGAAGACAGACGGAGCUGCAGCGGAAGGGGGAGGGUGCGAGCGCACCUUCCGUACAGACAGCGAAAGGUGGAAGAUACCAGUGGAUAUGUCCUCCGCCUGAGGUCAGACCUCCUCACACAGUUGUGGCAGACCCUCAACGCGCUUGUGAAACUCCCUUCGAAGACUCUGCUGACGGCCUCUUACAGCAUCUAGAGAUCCAUGUCCCAGCAACGAAAACUCCCCCUCUCUUUGAAGGAGACCCUGGCAUUGAACCUCUGUUUGACGGCUUCGCCUGUUGCCUCAGAGAAAGAAAUGCUGACAGAUGGUACAAAGCUAUUGACAACCGAGACAUACAGGUACGCUUGCUGGAUGUCGAGAACGUGCCAGUGAAGGGUGAAAAUCGCGAGUACCUAGACAAGAUUGUGGAGGCUGAGGUGGAGUGGCAGCACAUGACAUUGAUGCACCGCUACAACUUGAUGCGCGAGUUCUAUGAAUCCUUUGCGAAGCGCUCCGAGGCAAGGCUUAUCUCAUCUCCAGAUUAUGGCACACGAGCGCAAAGGGUUGCGGAGCUUGUGCGGACCUGGUCCCAUAGACAGUGGGAGGGGGAUGAGGCGCCGUUGCCUGAAGGCUUUGGUGCCCCGAUGGGGAAGGCUCGUGCCGCUCACGAUGCUGUAGCAUAUGAGGAUCUAGCUACGGCUGAGGCAGCUGAAGAGACGGAGUUCUGGGAGCUAAUGUUCACGUGGGCUCGAUUUGCAUUUUUGGGGUUGCUGGACUGGCAAAGAAACUACAACACAAAGCCCCGAGAGCUAGCCCAUGCAUGCGAAUCGCUGACAUUCUAUGCCGCUAGACUCUGGCGCAGCUACCCGUCUCACCGCCACUUGAUUCGAGGGUGUCUCAGCACUAUGGGAAGAGGUGGCUCGCAGGGUCAGGCAAUAAGAGACAGAAUUCUAGAGAUCAUGCAUAAGCACCAUAUACCGGAACAUGGCUCAUUUUACGAGCAGUGGCAUCAGAAGCUCCAUAACAACACCACUCCAGACGACAUCGGCAUAUGCAGACAGGCUUAUCUCGAGAGCCGCGGGGACAUUUCUUCGUUUUGGCGUGUGCUGGGUGACCACGGCAUUACCAGAGAGCGGCUAGCGAGCUAUGAAAGAAAGAUUACAAUGGAGCCUCACAUGGUGCACACGGAUAUAAACGAGCUUAUCAACGACUUUAAGUCUUACCUCAGCGUGAUACAGGAUGUUCACGAUGCUAGAGAUGCGCGGAAAGCAUUCGACUACGCGCGGGCCCACCUUGCUGGAGAUACUGCCCACAUGGUAGAAGCAGUGUUGGGGGAGAUGGGACAACGGACAGAUGGUAUGGGGUCCGGGGAGCUCCACAGUCGGUUUGUGCGUUUAUCGGAAGUUCGUCGGCGCAUAUGUUUCCAGCUCAACGAAAAUGGUGGCCUUAACACUUCUGAUGAUUCCAAGAUCGCUGGUACGAGAGAGCUACUGAUGCUUGACUUCGUCCUGGAGCAACAGCAGGGAUUGCUGUUGCAAGCUACGGCCUCUUUUGAUGCUCAGCAGCUUGCGACACAUCUGCGAGAACUCCUACUCUGUCUUUCUGCGCACGAUCCAUUCAAUGUUGAGCUGACGAACCUGUGCGCCGAUUGGCAGCAUUUAUCUGGAGACCUCGCAUCUAGUUGCGCCUGUGGAGACAGCUCCAGAAACGAAUGCCGCGAGGCAGCGCUUCUCUUGAAGGCCCUUGUAGACCGACUUUCUCGAUUCGUAGGUAAACAAGUGGACUCCGUGCAAGAGGGCCUUGGGCCAAAAGCGCAGUAUUUGGGAGCCCAAGUGGGGACCGACAAGAAGGUGCUUGACUUUUUCGUGGACGAGGUGCUUCGGGGCUCCUCGCUGCUCAGCAUUUCAUUUUCCAUCAAGCGACUGGAGCCACUGCUAAGAAAAGCCGCGAGCCUACCAGCGUGGCAGCUCAUCUCGGUUGUUGAGCGGGUCAGGGGUGAUUUUGUUACUAUUAACGAGCUCGCGGGCAUUCAGGAUAAGGUAUUCGAUUCGCCAACAAUCUUGCUCUGCAAUGCUGUAAGCGGCGAGGAGGAGAUUCCCGAAGGCGUACAAGCUGUUCUUGUUCGUUCUGCGGCUGUUUCACCGGACAUACUCAGUCAUGUGUCUGUCCGUGCGAGAAAUGCCCAUGUGCUGUUGGCAGUCUGCUUCGACGAGGCAGAAAGUGGCGAGCUGGAGCGGCUUGCGGGUCAGUGGGUUGAGAUUCAGUGCACGCGCGACGGCAGCAGCUUAAAAGUGGCAGCUGCGUCGAAGUGGAAGCCUGAUCCGUUGGUCCAGAGGACCUGUUCAAGUCUCUUCGACCGUAAGGCAUCUCAGCUAGUGAUGGAAACUCAUGAAGAGGAAGAAAUUCGAAAAUCCAUUAAGCACGCUGACAGGAAUGUCGCCAUCCUGGAUGCCUCUAUGGAUGCUCCUUGGGCCAUAACUCCAGAGAAAUUUACAUCGUCUUUAGUUGGGUCGAAGUCUCUUAAUAUCUUCAAGUUAAUGUCAUCUCUUCCAAAGGGUGUGCUGACUCCAGCCUCAGUAGCUUUGCCUUUUGGCAGUCUGCAGCGCACACUGCAUGCUCCUGAGAAUGAGCAGGCACUGGCUUCACUAAGUGAUGCGUUAAGGCGGCUGUCGAUUCGUCUCAAGAACUCAGAAGCCGAGGCUAUUUUCGAGGUAUGCCGCAAGUCUAUUGCAAAUAUAUCAGUCCCUAAGGAGCUUCGCGAGGCGCUGAAGGAGGCGCUUCAAAGUAGCGAUGCACAAGGCGGGACCAGCGGCGAUUCCAGCGCCAACAUGGGUCGGCGCCCUCACCUUCUAGAUCUUUGGAAGAAGAAUGGUGAUAAGAAAUGCACAGAAGCCUUGGUCCAAGUGUGGUCUUCGCUCUUCGGACUACGCCCUUGGAUUUCACUCACAAAAGCAUCAAGAGAUUACUGCGAACUCAAUAUGGCAGUUCUUGUGCAGGAGCUUCUUCCUGUUCGUUAUUCCUUCGUUUUGCACACGAAGAAUCCGUUUUCACAGGACGCUGAGGAGUUGUACGGAGAAAUGGCCCCAGGACUUGGAGAGGUCAUUGUGGGCAAUUAUGCGGGUCGGGCUUUAGGGUGGACGCAGAAGCGUUGUGGGGAGGCGAAAGUGAUUGCAUUUCCAAGCAAGAGCGUCGCUCUGACGUGCGAUUCGUGUCUAAUUUUCCGUUCAGACUCGAACGGUGAAGACCUCGAAGGGUUUGCAGGGGCGGGCUUAUUCGAGUCUAUUCCGGCGGAAAAGGCCGUUUGGCUACCAUUGUGUUACUGGAGGCAACGCCUGGUUAGCGACAGAGAUUACAGACAAGCAUUGCUGUCGAAGAUCAGCAAGAUUGGAUUUUUGGUUGAAGAGGCUUACGGAGCCCCGCAAGACAUUGAGGGAGUCGUCAUUGGUGAAGAUACAAUUGCCCUUGUGCAGACUCGGCCGCAGGUUUAG